AAGGCAGAGGGGGCCAUGCGCCGAGCGUGCGUCCGUCCGCCCGACGACGGCGCCGCUGCUGCUUUCGAGCCAGUCGAGUGUGAGCGUUCGUUCGCUUCGAGUGCAGUGCGCGCGGGAUGCGGCGGUGAUCGCGAAUCGCGAGCAGACAUGCUGUACAUCCUGCCCCCGCCGUCGGCCCCAGGGCCACCCUCGCCCUGGGACCUGAUCAACAGCAGCAGCAAAAAAGCCGUCAUCCAGCCCGCCCGCCACAAGGUGCGCAUGAUGGUGCGCUCCCUCGACGCCCCGAAGUCCCCGCGGCAGCCGGCCAACCGCCCCCCGCGCAACAAUAAACCCUACCCCCGUGCCAAGGACAACAAUAAUUCUGGCACGGCGGCCACAACAAACGGCAGCGAGUCUGCGGAAAAGGAGGAGGAGCCGCACGAGGACGAUGAAAAAGAAGAAACGCUCCGCACCAGCCGAAGUUUGAGCGAGUGCUACUUUCCCUCGAAUCGCGCUGCUUUGGUUCUGCCGCUGAAUAAUGAGCGACAGCGACCUGCCAGUCGCAGGGUCAGCGCUUCGGGCAACUCGGAUAUCCAGCAUCACCUCCAGUCCAUGUUCUACCUGCUGCGACCCGAGGAGACUCUCAAAAUGGCUGUGAAAUUGGAGAGUGUGCACCCCUGCCGCACGAGGUACCUGGUGGUCGUCUCCAGGCUUACCCCUGGCGUGGACGAUGAGCAGGACAUCGGCGAGGAGAGCUGCCUCCUUGGCAUCGACUGCAAUGAAACCACCACCGUCGGGUUGGUGGUCAGGGUGCUAAAUGACACGGCCAUCACCCUCGACGGAGAUGGCGGAUUCAGUGUGAGCACUUGUGGCAAGCAGCACAUUUUCAAACCUGUCUCUGUACAAGCAAUGUGGUCAGCCCUUCAAACCCUGCACAAAGUAAGCUCGAAAGCGCGGGAACACAACUACUUCUCAGGAGGCCUCACGCACGAUUGGGCCACUUACUAUGAGCAGAGGGUGGACUCGGAGCGUUCAUGCCUUAACGAGUGGCAUGCGAUGGACAGUCUCGAGUCCAAACGCCCACCAUCCCCCAAUUCACUUCGUUCCAAGCCAUGUGAGAGAGCAGAAACAGAGACUGUUAUUCGUAGUGCCCUUAAGGAGAUAAUGAUGUCGGUCGACCUGGAUGAGGUGACGUGUAAGUACAUUCGUGGCCGACUCGAAGAAAUGCUCGACAUGGAUUUGGGCGAAUUUAAGCAUUUUAUCGACCAAGAAAUGCUGACCAUCCUGGGACAAAUGGACAGCGCCACCGAAGUGUUCGAGCACGUCUACUUGGGCUCCGAGUGGAAUGCCUCCAACCUGGAGGAGCUGCAGAAAAAUGGAGUGGGGCACAUUCUGAACAUAACAAGAGAAAUUGACAAUUUCUUUCCCGGAACCUUCAACUACUUAAACGUUCGCGUCUACGACGACGAAAAGACUGAUCUCCUCCGGCACUGGGAUAAUACCUUUAGAUACAUUAACAGAGCCAGGCAAGAUGGUUCCAAGGUUCUAGUUCAUUGUAAAAUGGGCGUCAGCAGAUCAGCCUCUGUGGUGAUCGCUUACGCCAUGAAGGCUUACAACUGGAAUCUGCAGCAGGCAAUUGAAUUUGUUAAGCAGAAACGCAGCUGCAUCAAACCCAACACCGCGUUUAUGUCACAACUCGAGACAUAUCAAGGUAUCUUGGACGCUGUGAAGAACAAAGAACGACUUCUGCGCUCCAAGUCAGAAACAAACCUCAAGUCGCCCGGGCCCACUGCCAAAGCCGAAGACUCGGUUGACGGCAGUUUGAACGAGUCCAUCCAGUCGUCGCAGCUGCACAACGGCACGCUGCUCUCGGUCGACUGGAACAUAGGCAGUGAACUCACCAGCCCUGGAAGGCCAAAAUCGUGGAGUCCAGAUAACACGUCUGAUCUCUUUACCUCAUCCCUCAAUGCCCCUACUUCACUGUCCAUGGAGCACCUGUUGUCUGAUGACCCGCUCAGCAAGGACGGCUCUGAGAAGUCGGAAGACUUCGAGGAAGCGCCGGAGGAAGUGAAGAUCGCCAUUUCGCACAUUUCGUGUGACUGUGAACGUAAAGAAGACUGCGGUGUUGAGACAAGAAACUACAACCUGAGCGUGCGGCUGCCGUGCAGCAACGGCCAAACGUACAGUGUGUCUCAAAACAAAGUUAUGUUCCUGCCUCAGUGCAAAGGCUCGGACUGCAUGUCCAGUGUUAAGUUGCGAGUGAACGAACUGGAGUCGCAAAGUGGCGGGCCGCUCUCGAGGCCGACCUCUCAGGUGCCGGACACAACGGGCCUGGUGCUCAACCUGACGUCACAGUUUGAGGGCUCGGUCGCGCCCUCCACCGAGCAAGAGGAGUUCGCCACCUCGGCGUUGACCAAACAACCGCCGCCGCAGCUCCAGGCCAAGCUCCUCAAAAAGGAAAUCUGGGACCCGGCGGAGCACAAGAAUCCUUUGAAUGAGCCAGCCGUGACUGCCCCUCAGCCAAUUCCUGCCCCAACCUCCAAGCCAAAGCCUGAUGACCCUUUUUCUGCACAACUUGAUAGGGUAUUCGACAGAGAAGAGAAGAGACAGCAGCGUCUGAGCUCGUCGCUGCCGGUGGAGGCGACAAACCACUACCUGCUGUCCCAAGAGAAAGCGACCAGCCCCGUGUGCACGGAGCAGCAGCUGCAGCGCGAGUGUCCGUCGCGCCAGAGCUCGUGGAGCUCAUACGACAGUGCUGUGAUCCUGCGCGAGUCUCCGUCGCGGCAGAGCAGCUGGGGCUCGGCGGACACACGGUUCACGUACGGCACGCUGCCGUCAAGAAACAGUUCGUGGGGCUCGUACGACAUCCGCACCGGCAGCCGGUUGGCCGAGGAGCUGGACAGCCAGUUCUCGUACGACCGCGAGGCCAUCUACCCUGGCACGGUGAAGCGGACCAAGCAGAAGCUUGAGUCCGAGUCGAGCAGCAUCAAGCGGGUGUGCGCCGAGCCGCAAACCGAGACCUCCACAGCGUGCAUCAAACUGCACAAAGUACCUGGCCACGCCCACAAGGAAUCUAGUCUGAAAAACGCAAAGUCGUCCUCGGGCCAGCCGCAGCAGCUAGUCAAAAAGAAGGAGCCGCUGGUGGACAAAACCAACUCGUCGGACAACAAAAGCAGCAACCCGCCAGGCGUGGUGAAGCACCUGAAGAAGGAAUUCGAGGCCAAGUCUGUGGUGUUGCGCAACGAGCCGGCAAAGACGGAGCAGCGGAAAGACGAGGAGCCGCCCGCGGAGGACCUUUCGGUGAAGCUGUUGGUGGACAAGUUUGAGGUGAAUAACAAGGAGUGGCCUGCGUUUUGCCGCAGCAACUCUGAUUCGCCACCGAACCGGCAGCGGCUAAUUUCGGAUGGCCCAAAGCGGCGCUCGUCACCAGCCAGCCUGUGUCCGCAGCCGCCGGUGCCGCAGCGAAAGUCGUCAAGUUACGAGGCCGCCGCGGCCGCCACCAAUGUGAUAAACAGGAGGCCUGGCAACCUUAAGCCGCCGCCGCCCAAGGACUCUGUGCUGGCGAUCGUCAAGUGCAAGAAGCAGCAGGGCAAGACGCAUCCGCUCAACCGACUCGCGCCCACCUUUGCUAAGGCGCGGCACAACAACCCCGUCUUCAAUACCAUGUGAAACCGGCACGGCAAGACUCUCUGCUUUCUCUAUCUCUCUAUCUGGCUUACCCUGCCCGCCUGUUUUAGGAUGUAACCACGUGUACUGCCUCUUUUCAAGGAUUUGUGGAGAUUCAUUACCGUGUACGCAGAUGUUCUACGCGCGUAUUCGUUCAUUCAUAAUUGUAAUAUUUGUCAAAAUUCGUACUGUUCGGCAUGUAAUGGGAAAAGUGUCCUUUAGGGGUUUUUGGACUGCGAUCAUGUGAAAUAUUCUUUUAUAGAUUUGCUAAAUUUAUUUUCGCCGACGAACAGCUAUGAUUUUUAAAUUUUUGUAAACUUACUAUGUUCAAGCAAAUAAAUGAAAGAGAACAAAAGGUUUAAACAACAGAAAAA